AUGGCCGACAUCACAGAUCAGCACGACCAGACCUCUCCUACUGAGCUCGACGACUCACAGAACGUUGGCAAUGGCAACGCCACUGAGUCUCGCGGCAUCAAGCGCCAGCGUCCUUCAGCUGGCGACGACGACGACGAUGACGACGAGAAGGGCAGUCGCGAGCGUCGCAAGAUUGAGAUCAAGUUUAUCAGCGACAAAUCUCGCCGACACAUUACGUUCUCCAAGCGCAAGGCUGGAAUCAUGAAGAAGGCCUACGAACUCUCUGUCCUCACAGGCACUCAGGUUCUACUUCUCGUGGUUUCAGAAACCGGUCUCGUUUACACCUUCACCACACCCAAGCUGCAGCCCCUCGUUACCAAGUCUGAGGGCAAGAACUUGAUCCAGGCUUGUCUUAAUGCUCCUGAGCCCACUCCAGGCAAUGAGAAUGGCGUCGAUGGCGGCGACCAAGUCGAGUCUCCAGAAGAACCCCCUAACCAGCACCUCCCUCCUCAGGGCAACCGACCUGGCAUGCCUCAAAACCCUCAUAUGCCCAACAACUACAUGCCCAACAUGCCCAUGGAUCCUCAGCAGGCUCUGGCUUACCAGAGCUACGUACAACGGAAUCAGGCUUAUGGCUCUGGCAUACCUCCUCAACCAGGCUUUCAGGCCCCAGCGAAGUCUGACGAGCCUUUGAGCGGAAAUAUAAUAAUCGCAUCUGGGAGCAGUGGGUUUACGGGCUGUAAAAUCCCACCCUCGCGGCCACGAAUAACUACACGUGUCGUUUUCGAGACCAACAGUAUGCGGCCAAUGCUGGGGAAACCCUUCAUGGUCAGCAGUACCACCAUGGUUUCUUGUGAUCAAAGGCUCCGUGGAAGCUGGUGUCUUUACGCCAUAGGACAUUUGCGUGUGGUGGAUGCAUGUUGGAGUGAAGAGGUGUUGUCAUUGAAGAGCACAAAGAGGCGCGUUUGGCUUGUGAAUUACAUCAGAGUGUUUGGGAUGGCAGGGAAUGGAUGGGAUGAAGGCACGAAUGUUUACGGAAUGGGUACUUCAUGCAGAUUUGACGUCUAUCAUGGGCGAAAAGAGACGAAGGAAGGAUGCUUUCAACGUGGGCUUACCAAACCGUUCCUCUUUUCGCAUUGA